AUGUUAGGAUUCCCGUACAACUGUCGGGUCAGGGAAGAGCAUUUGAUGAGACGCACUUCCAGUCAUGCUACAUUUCCAUCACCGCUCUCGCGAUUUACGCUGCCAACAUCACAGCAAACACUGCUCAAAGUAGAGAAGUCCGGCACAGAUGUUAGUCAGUUUCCCGUCGUUUCCAAAGCAGAUGUGAAAAAGAGAGAGUUGAAAGGAGCUAGUGGAAAGAGUUGUCAAGACUUACCAUUUCAAUUGACUGUAGAAUUCGUAAAAUUUUUAUCACUGCUGGACAAGAAAGACGAGGACGAGGCCGAGAAAGUGAUAGCGGAGAUGGCUGCUAAUGUUAGCAUGUGCCAAAUUGAAAACAACUCUGACGGAAAUUGCCUUUUCGAAGCUAUUAGUCAGUUGCUGUAUGGAACAGUUUGUCGGCAUUCGCAAAUUCGUACUAGAAUUGUUGACUAUAUAGCCAAUCAGAGAUCUAGUUUUGAAGACGCCGUUGUUGCAAUGAAAUCAGUCACUAUCAACGAAGAAGACAUAUCUAUUGAUAGUGAUGGAAUCCACAAUUCUGCGGACAUAUUUGAAAACUACAUUGAAGACAUGAGAGGGGAUCGAUUUUGGGGAGACACAAUAUGCAUUGAAGCUGCAUGCAUCGUCUAUAAGAUCCGCAUUACUCUACUGGUUUCGCCUGCGGCCUACAAAGUAGAUUUUAAUAGUGACGAUGAGAAAACGACCAAGCACUUACAUUUAGCCCAUAUCAACAACAGGCAUUUUCGAGCACUUCUUCCAUUUCAAUCUGAAAACAUUUCGACGCCAUCAACGUCUUUUCCACUACCACCUCUGGAUACGUCUCUUCUUCUAAAAAUUGUUGACUGCAACCUUGCAAUGGAAGAGCAAUAUCGUUGUUUUGGGCGCUUAGUAACUCCGGCAAAUGCAAACUACUCUAAUGUUCCCAAAGGAGUUUUGUCUUUGACUGAACUUUCUUGGUUAUACAGUAACCCAAAUCAACUUCCGGCUGCAAUUGCAUCCAUAAAGGAUGAUCCCGACGAUGUUUGCGACUUGGUAUGUUUGCACAGACGACUGGAGCGAAACAAAGCACUCAGAACGAAAAGAAAACGAGUCAAGUUUUCAAACGCAACAGGGGCUAAAAAAAGAAAAAUUGAGCCGGAAACUAUAGAUAUCAGUGACGAUGAUGACAAACAAACAACCACAAGGAAAGUGUCAUUAACCACACCUGAGUCAACAGUUCAAACCAGGGCAGCUGUGCUGGCAACACCUAAUUUCAGUCCGAUACAUUGCUCAGAAAAAGAGAUAGAAAACUUUUUUGGGGAACUUGACGGCGGUGGCUACAUCACAGCGCUUUUGGCAGCAUGUCCCGUCAAAAGUCCGGCAAAUUUUGGAAGAAAAGUUUCUAUGAAACAAUCCUUGGCUGCAUCGCAGCACGUAGUCAUGGCCGGGCGAUUCAGUUCAGCAGUGAUAAAGAGAAUAAACAAACUUUUCAAUCGCUGGUACUUCAAGAACGAGGCAGCAAAGAACACGGACCGUGAUGAUGUUUUGGAGCUUUUCGGAGUACCAAGUGAUUGGAGGUCUUCAGCCAAAGCACAUCAUGCAGCUUGUCAUAUCCUUUGCAGAUGGUAUCUAGGAACAUGGAUUACGACUGAAUUAAAUACCAAAGUAGAAAGAUUUUUAAAUGAGUAGUAGUCUUAGUUUUUGGGAAUUUAGUAAUGUUACAGUUUAUAUGUAUGUAUAUCUAGAUAUAUAUUGUAGAUCUGCAUCAAUCUUAAUUAUUCUCAUUCUUUUCGAAGUAACGUCUGAUAGCUAACAUUUGAAGCUGUUGGAGUUUAGUUGAUUGACGAUUUGGCAAGACAUUAAUUGCUAAUAAAGAAAAAAUGGC